AUGACGAUUAAGUUAGUCGUUGGAGGGCUCACCUUGAACAUUAUUAGUGCCUAUGCGCCGCAAGUGGGGUUGGACGAGGAGACAAAAAGGUGCUUUUGGGAGGACUUGGACGAAGUGGUGGUCAGUAUACCGCUUACUGAGAAGCUAUUCAUAGGAGGAGAUUUCAAUGGGCACAUUGGGUCUGUUUCGGCUGGCUAUGACGAGGUGCAUGGAGGAUUUGGCUUUGGGUGCAGGAAUAGUGGAGGAGCCUCACUCCUGGAUUUCACAAAAGCUUUUGGUUUAAGGGUGGCCAACUCGAGUUUCCCAAAGAAGAAGGAGCACUUGGUAACCUUUCGUAGCUCGAGGGCGGCGACGCAAAUAGACUUCUGGCUCCUUAGAAAAGAUGAUAAAAGUUCUGUAAGGACUACAAGGUCAUACCAAGUGAGAAUCUUACGACCCAACAUAAACUAUUAG